AUGAUUUAUCGUCUACAAAACGAGGAUUUAAUCUUGGAUGAUAUUAUUUUGCCUGAUAUUAAUGAAUCACCUGAACAAACGGAACAUUUCGUUACUAUCGAUUGUGCUGUAGCAUUAAGUCUCUGCAAAAUUCGAAAUUUGCCGUCAUGUGUUUUUGUAUUGAGCCUUUUGUAUAUGAAACGUCUACGUUCUCUUCGUGGAUUAUCUUCAUUGGCGCAAAUAGAUAAUUUAACAACAGAAGAACUGUAUAUAACGUCGACAUUACUAGCUGAUAAAUAUCUUAUUGAUGAAGGUGAAAAUGAACAAUUAUUUAAUUCGGAUUUAGCUGAACUAGCUGGUAUUACAGUAGAACGUUUUAAUUUAAUUGAACGACAAGCUUUACUGGCAUUAAAUUGGAAUUUGUACGUAUCCGAUAGUGAAUUUCAUGAAUUUCUUUCUUUAUUUAAAAGUCAAAUGGCUAAAACAUUCAACGAAGAUUUGGAUCCAUUGAAAGCAAUUGAUUUAGUAAAAUUUCUGUCUAUGUGUUUCAAAUUUCUACUUCAUACAAUUGAAUAUUGCGUUUGGAUAAGUUUACUUCUUAUUGGCGCAAGUCUUUCAACUCUCAUUUCAAUUCAUUUCGGUGCUUUAACACAUUCCACAUCAAUAAAAACAUGUAAUUCUACCAUUAAUUGUGCGCCUUCUGCUGUUUCCAUUCGAAAUAAUUAUGAAAAUAAAAAUUAUAAUUUAAUAAAUUACUUGAAAUCAGUUAUAUACGCGUUGAUAGAAAGUGAUAGUAUUUAUAACAAUGGCGAUUUUAAUCUAUCACCAAAUAAACUGCAUGAUCUUACGUUUCAUAAUCGCUCUUAAUCUGAUACAUCUCCUACACGAUCACCAUGGUUUUGGCCAUUACUAAGCAUUUGUCUCGUACUUUUAGUCGGUAUUCCAUGUAUAAUGUUUAUUUUAAUUGUUAUUUAUCAUAGUAAAUAUAAACACAAUGACGAUUCCGAUGAAUCAAGUAUUGCUUCAAAUACAUCAUCUUCAUCGGCGUCGCCAACAGUACCAGAACAACAUGAAAGACCACAUAGACGUACUCGUCAUCCACGUUCACAUUAUGUAACAGGUUUUCGUACUCCUCCACCACCCUAUACAGCAAGUGAUCAGCCACGAAAUGUUUUCGUAACGGCAUCUCCUCCGCCAUCAUAUGGCUCUCGUAUUGACGAUAAUACAUUAAACAGUUCGUCGACAAUCGUCGCUCUUCCACAAACAGAGCCUAUCGAAAAUCCAACAGAAAGAUCACUCAACGAGUCAGGAACAACCACAAUUAGCGCUCCACCGGUGCCCAUCGCAAACUCAACAGUAAUAUCACUCAAUGAUUCAACAGCAACUAUCAUUAAUGUUCAACCAAUACACGUUAUCGAACCUCAAAUAUCAAGAGCAACCUAUUCAUCAUCAUCAUCAAUGACCAAUCCGCCAACGCAAACGUUUGAAACUUAA